UUUUUUUUUUUUAUUUAUUUAUUUUUUUUUUUUAUAAAGUAACAAUGAAAUUCUACAUCUUAUUGUCUGCUUUGUUUAUCGCUGUUAAUGCACAGGUUCGAUCCCCAACAUACUUAUAUAACGUGACGUCUCCAAAGGUUAAUGCACCUUACGUUGCUAGUCAAGCGCUUCCUUGUAUUUACGAUAUUGCAGAUAAUGCUACUUCUGACAAUCUUCAACUUUCAAUUGUGUUAACUGGUAGCAACGAUUACUAUAAAGUUCUAACUGCCUCUGCUGAUAUUAGUCAGGGCUUUAGCUUUCGAAAGGAAAUAGACGGCGCUACUGUCUAUGAACAUCAAUUCAAUUAUAACAUUCCUUCUAAUACAACUGCUGGAGAUUAUAUAGUCGCCUUUGUUGAUGGCUUCUCUCAAACAAAUGUUAGUAUUCCAAUUACAAUUGGUGCAGCACCUAAAACUCCUUCAUCCACAGCCCUUGCUUCUGGUACAGCGUCCUCUGUUCCUAGUAGUUCUACCACAUCUUUCCAAAGUAUCUACAAUCAAAUUAACUCAGCUAAUACCACUCAUGUUCAACAUCUAUCCAAGCUCCUUCUUUUGGUCACUUUUAUUUUUACUUUAAUACAAUUCUUCUAAUGAUAAUUUAAUAUUAUUUAUUAUUAUUAAAAAAAAAUUACA